GCCUGUCACUAACAUCCGAGCAUUUCCUCCCUUCCCCUUUCUUUCUCUUUUCCUUCCCACUUCUCUUCACUCCAUCCACCGGGCAGUAGCGGACGGAACCGGAAAAGGAUUGCCCGAAGCCGUUUCCGCUUAGCCUGCGGCGAAGGUGAUCAGGUGACCUUUUCCAGCUGACUGUAUGAGGAGGCGUAGGACUUCGGCAGCAACUGGAGGUUUUCAAACCAGAAGUGAUAGGCCUGGGGACCGAGCUGCCGCCGCAGGACAACGACCCCCAGGAUGUCUGGCAAAGACCGCAUCGAUAUCUUUCCUUCGCGAAUGGCACAGACCAUUAUGAAGGCUCGAUUAAAAGGAGCACAGACAGGCCGAAAUCUCUUAAAGAAAAAAUCUGAUGCCUUGACUCUUCGAUUUCGGCAGAUCUUAAAGAAGAUCAUUGAGACCAAAAUGCUAAUGGGUGAAGUGAUGCGAGAAGCUGCUUUCUCACUUGCUGAGGCCAAAUUCACAGCUGGUGACUUCAGUACCACUGUUAUUCAGAAUGUGAACAAAGCCCAAGUGAAGAUCAGAGCAAAGAAAGAUAAUGUAGCAGGUGUUACCUUGCCAGUGUUUGAACAUUAUCAAGAAGGAGCUGACAGUUAUGAAUUGACUGGUUUGGCCAGAGGUGGGGAACAGCUGGCCAAACUGAAGAGGAAUUAUGCCAAAGCAGUGGAGCUGCUGGUGGAACUAGCAUCACUGCAGACUUCAUUUGUUACACUGGAUGAGGCCAUUAAAAUUACGAACAGACGGGUGAAUGCCAUUGAGCAUGUGAUCAUUCCCCGGAUUGAACGUACACUUACUUAUAUCAUCACAGAACUGGAUGAACGAGAGCGAGAAGAGUUUUAUAGGUUAAAGAAAAUACAGGAGAAGAAGAAGGUUCUCAAAGAGAAAACAGAGAGAGAAUUGGAAUUACGGAAAGCAGCUGGAGAAGUGUUGGAGCCUGCUAAUCUACUGGCCGAAGAGAAAGAUGACGAUCUUCUGUUUGAAUAGCCCUUCCUAUUCUGUAGUCUUCUUUGAGACCUUGGCCUUGUGGUUUUCUUAUAAUACAUGGUAUCCAGGUUCUGUAUGUAAUGGGGCUAUAUGUUAUAGCCCAGGAGUUCCACUAGCUGCUAUUAAGUUAUUGGGAUUAUUUGGAGAGAUCAUGAUUAUAAUAGUCAUUUGUAGGACUGACUGCUAUUUAGUGGUAAUUGACCAGCCUAGGAGCCAGUAGAACUACGACCUAUUUAUAUUUCUCCCCUUCUGGGUCUGUGUAUGUAAACAGAGUUGUGGUGGUUUAUGCUUUAAUCAUAUCUGAAAAAACAUUCCUUUGAAAAUAGCAGUGAUCCAUGCUGAUACGUAGCCUGACUCCUACAUACACAGCCAUCGUUUUGAUCUACUUUCAGCCUGUGCUUUUGUCACCGUGGUGCUUCAAUCUAGUAUUGUGUGAACAACAUCACAUCUUUUUUUUCUUGCAUGGCUGGUCUCAGUCCUAUGAAAGAAGACUUUCCCCUUCAUUAUGGAAGAAAUUCUGCCAAUUCCUAUGUAACUGUAGUAUAAGCAGAGUAAAAAAUUUAAAAAUGA